AGCAAUGGAAGAUGGAACAGAUUUAUACCUGUCACGUUUUGACAGGGACAACUAUAUUUGAUUGCGAAUAAUGACUUGAAAGUUUUUUACUGUGCUUUGCUGAACAUUUUGCUUCACUUUUCCAAAAAAGGAACAUGGUGAAGAACUUAAGCAGAUUAGUCUCCACAAAAUUCUCGAUAUCUUUCGACUCUUAACAUGUCAGUACUGUAAAGUUUGUAUUUGUGUCAUUAUACGUGUGAAAACGAUAUGUUUUAUUUUGCUGUUUAGCUGGCGAAUGUUGUGAGUAAUGUCGUACUUUCCUUCCUGCAAGACAUUUCAAUCCAAACAAAUGGUACCAAUUACAUGAAAAUGACAACAACAAAACAAUGAAUGUCUGUCAUUUGAAAAGAAGACCUUUGUAUAUUUUUUAUAGUGUUAAUAGAGAUGUAUAACAUUUGUAAGACUUUUUUCAUAGCUUUUCCACCUAAACCAUUAAUCAAUCCUCAAGAAAAACUAAAUCAAGAUAAACAACAGUUGUUGUUUUUAAUUAAAACCGUGUGGUACAAAGGUAAAAAUAUAUUGUCGACUUGUUAUAUAUUUCCACAAAAAGAAAGACAAACAUAUUUGCUCAAGAAAAUUUGUCCUUUCAUGAGCACAUCUGACCUUUUGAUUUAAUUUUGUUACUAUUAUUCCGAUCAAUGAAUUUCGGUGCAUGAACAAUUCACCAUUUUCAAAUUCGUUUGUCAAUAUUUUCAAUGUUGCAACAUGCAUAUGUGAAUGAAUGAUACCGCACGUAAUAUCACCGAAUGCAGUUGCAUUGAAUUUCGUCAAUUGGCUGAUUUAUCAGCUCAAAGCCAAAGGCUCGGCGCCCUUGUUGUUCGUUAAUAUAUCGAUGGGGCAUCCUCAAAGAGUAAUGAUUACUCUCGGCGAGAGGUUCUGCUAUCAGUCAAGCAUAGUUAUUUGUUCUUUUCAUUAUUUCACCAUCAACUGUUACCGUUGGCCGGUAUAAAUCCAUUGUUUUUUCAGAGGUUCUAGAUAUUUCAUAAAAAUUAGGAGCCUCUAUAUCCUCUGGAUCUUUUCAAUCAGACUAGAGCGUUGUGCACAUAAAACAGUCCUCAUAACCAAGACCGUUUUCUGCAGACAGUGAGACAGCUCAAAGCUGUCUAGAACUAUUUCAGUUGUACAUGAGCCUUGUGCUGGCGAUUUGCAUUCUAAUUCGAAAAUAGCUCGUUUAAAUUCGCCUGUGACACAAUUACUAACAUAGCAAUCAAAACUAUCAAAUACACGAUUAUAGCCGAAUCCGUUGUAAUUCCAAUGUCUCACUCCAUCUUCCUGCUGCAACGGGAAUCUUGUCUUCAUCAUUGGCAUGUUGCUCUGAAGAAUCUAUCAUUUUGACACGAUCGCAGAAAGAUUAGAAUGACAAAAUACAUGCGAAGUGGUCAGCAUCAAUCUUUGCAAACAGAAAAAUACACAUUAUUUUAGUGCAUAUCUAUUGCAGUAAAUCCAAUAGUACCCGUUCUUGACAGAUAAAAGAAGAGAGUUCUGUUAUUCUUCUAAAACAUCCGCUAAUAGCUCUUAUUUCUAAUCAAUACACUUUAAAGUUCAUAGCUGUGUUCCUAUUUGUACACUUAUUUUUUAUGUUUAUGAGCUAAUUUUUUCCUAAAGUACAUUCAUUUUCGAUACCCUGUUACCUCCUAUCAUGAUUGAUGUAGGAUUCUAAUAAUUUCCUAGCAGGAUCUGAGAUGUUAGGCUUCUACCAGGAAUCUGGAGCAGAUCCUAACAUUUAGUAUCCUGCCAGGAUUUUGUUUCUUAAUCACUAAAGGUAGUCAAUCUCUGGUUGAAGUAAUUAAUGUAUACGCACCAUUUUUGAAUGUGUUUUACAGUUACAAAGAAAUAUCAGGUAACUUUUGGUCAAACAAUGGGAACGGAUGAAGAAAUUUCACGAGAGAUAGGAACACACAAGCAAUCCUAUGAAAUUGCUUUCAAGAAUACGGUUUUUGAUGCCGUAUUUUUACCAAAGCGUCUUGACAAUAGUUGGGCACACCUGAUCUCCGAACUGAUCAAUGCCGGGCGUUCAGAAAAGUUUUGAGCGUAUCAGAGUUUCUAGAAGCGGAAAUUAGCUGAGACUUUUUAUAGAAACAAUAGUUUCCAAUGAUGUCAGUAGGAGAAAAAUAAAAUGGAUAUAGUUGUCUGGAACUUUUUGUUUUUCAUUAUAAAAUGAGUCGAAAUUCGGCAAAGUUUUCGUUGAAGAUGUAUACGGCCAUUCUGAAUGUAACAGAUUUACUCUUUUUCUUUGUCCGUGACGCUUCAAAGGCAAAAGAACUUGAGAACUUGUUUCUACUACAGAAUUGUACAAGACACUUAGCUCUACCAACGUUGAGAAAAAAAUAGAUUUCGUUGGAACGCUACGCCAAGCAAGACGAAAUGCCUGGCGUAACGGAUUUACAAAAACAGAAGUGAACUUUGAAGUAUCCGAGAAAAGGGAAAAGUUCAGCGAUUGUCUACACUCACGAUGGGAUUAUAAUAGCUGAUUUUGUAGCUCGGACUUCGAACGUCCCUAUGGUGCAAACCGGAGGAAAAACUACCGCUUUGUCAUCGAGAAAUCUUCAAAGCAAAAAACGCAACGAACUUCCACGUUUUUGCAGUUUUUCGGCUGAACUGCAUCACCUUCGAAUUUCAAUAAAAUAGCAAAUUCCAAGUGUCAGAGGUGCAAGCGGUACCGGUAUGAAUUAUAACGGCGACCGGUAUACCAGCAUUAGUAUGAAGUAUAAUCAAUCGGUCGAUAUUACUGGUAUUUUGUGGUAUGAUACGAUUUGGCGAAAACUAUCGUGUAAAUUCAGUUCAUCUAUGAGAUAUUUCUGUAAACAAGGAAAAAGUGUUUGUAUUUAGGCAAAACACGAUCAAGACAAGCUGAUACCGAUCGGUACCGGUACGAAAUUUGUAUACCGGUGAUCGGUACCGGUAUCGCGUUUUUGAUACCGGUUACGCCCCUGCUCUAUGUGUCUAAACCCGCACAUUUCUAAUUAAAAUGAGACUUCUUCCAGCUCUACAUGAUCUUUCUUUACAAAGUUAUAGAAUUUACAAGAGGAGCCUUAAAUUAACUACUUCUUAUUUCUGUAGCUUUGAGCUGACAAUGCAUAUUUAGAGCUUCUCUUCUCUUCUAUAACUUUGCAAAGAAAUGUAGAGUUGGGAGAUGUCUCAUUUUAAUCGGAAAUGUGCGGACUAUAAUUAUGUCUCAUUAAGGAACGGGUUUGGCUAUUUAUUAGAUUUUCUGAAAAACUGGCUUUUCACAAAACCGCGCCUUCAACAGCCAUAGGGGAAAAUUCUUUUAGGGUAUUUACUACUUCAUUGAGGUCUAUCGAUCCAUGUACAAAGCAUUUGAAUCGGAAAUGGGCAUCUCGGGAGGUUCCCUCGUAAGUCUAUUUAAAAGUAAAUUAAAAUAAGCCACUUUUACACCAGCUCAUUUACAACGGAAGAAUCCGCUACUGAGUUGAUCGGUUCAGAAGUUCUGCAGACAGCAAAAUAGUGACUUGAUUCUUUCAGGAAUAACGAUUUACGCUUAGUCUUACUCGAAAUAGCGUAAGAACUUCACGGAUACAACACUUCUAGCAAACGCUUUUCUGCCGAAUCUUCGUAAAAAUGAUAUUUGAAAAUUAUGCGCCUUGACAAACGACUUUGAAAAUGGUGAAUUGUUCUAUGACAGUACAUAGCUUAAUCGUUCAUGUACCGAAAUCCAUCGAUCGGAAUAAUAGUAACAAAAUUAAAUCAAAAAGUCAGAUGUGCUCAUGAAAGGACAAAUUUUCUUGAGCAAAUAUAUUUGUCUUUCUUUUUGUGGAAAUAUAUAAUAAGUCGACAAUAUAUUUUUACCUUUGUACCACACGGUUUUAAUUAAAAACAACAACUGUUGUUUAUCUUGAUUUAGUUUUUCUUGAGAGCUGAUUAAUGGUUUAGGUGGAAAAGCUAUGAAAAAAGUCUUACAAAUGUUAUACAUCUCUAUAAACGCUAUAAAAAAUAUACAAAGGUCUUCUUUUCAAAUGACAGACAUUCAUUGUUUUGUUGUUGUCAUUUUCAUGUAAUUGGUAACCACGAGCAGUAGACUCAAUGGUAUAUAGUAGACCUAAACAUCGCCAUUUGUCAUCUUUGAAAUUUAUGUUGGGUUCUAGGAUGUGAAUGAAGAUUCUUUGUAUUCUUACGCAACACCGAAACAAAGUGAUUAUCCUCUGUUACCGGUUGCUCGAAGUAAUAUACCUGAUCGAAGUUACCAACAAGAGCAACGACUAAUGAAUCGAACAAUUAGUUGGAAUCCAACAUUACAAGAGCAUUCUGCAGCAAGAGUUUCUUACAUUGAACCACAGUUUAAAUCUCCUUCCGCCGCUCAGAUGGUUCGAUCGAAUGCUAGCAUGGCUCCUCAAAAUGUGAAUCAGAUAAACAAGGCGGAUAUGGCUAUUGGGGAAAAAGCAUUGAAUGCUUCGUGUAGUAUGGGUAACGUACGUGCUAAGUUAACGUCGACGAAUAUCGUCUUUUUGAUGGUUGGCAUCAUAUUGUGUGGUAUACCACUGGCUGUAAUGACGACUCUCUGUUCACGUUCAUCGUCAACGGCAACUGCGACAGCAAGCAGUGUUACGGUUAGUACGGGUGGUCUUGAGGGAUUUCAGAUUCCCGUUGCUUAG